AUGAUUGAGAAGAAAGUUAAACCCAUUCAUGGCCAAGGGCUGGAUUUCCGUGGCCUAAGCCCCAUGGUGGAGGAAGGAUAUAAGUGCUUGGAGUGUGGAGAAAAACCUUCUUCAUCUUCAGAGUGUGGAAAGAAAUUCAGUCAAAGAAGUCACCUUAAACAGCAUCAAAGAACCCACACAGGAGAGAAACCUUUUGAAUGCUCAGAGUGUGGAAAGAGAUUCAGUCAAAGGGGCACUCUUCAACACCAUCAAAGAACCCACACAGGGGAGAGACCUUUUGAAUGCUCAGACUGUGGAAAGAGAUUCAGUCACAGGACCAAUCUUCAAAGGCAUGAAAGAACCCACACAGGGGAGAAACCUUUUGAAUGCUCAGAGUGUGGAAAGAGAUUCAGUCAGAGGGGCACUCUUCAACACCAUCAAAGAACCCACACAGGGGAGAGACCUUUUGAAUGCUCAGACUGUGGAAAGAGAUUCCAUCAGAGUGGCACUCUUCAACACCAUCAAAGAACCCACACAGGGGAGAGACCUUUUGAAUGCUCAGACUGUGGACAGAGAUUCAGUCACAGGACCAAUCUUCAAAGGCAUGAAAGAACCCACACAGGGGAGAAACCUUUUGAAUGCUCAGAGUGUGGAAAGAGAUUCAGUCAGAGGGGCACUCUUCAACAUCAUCAAAGAACCCACACAGGGGAGAAACCUUUUGAAUGCUCAGACUGUGGAAAGAGAUUCCAUCAGAGUGGCACUCUUCAACACCAUCAAAGAACCCACACAGGGGAGAGACCUUUUGAAUGCUCAGACUGUGGACAGAGAUUCAGUCACAGGACCAAUCUUCAAAGGCAUGAAAGAACCCACACAGGGGAGAAACCUUUUGAAUGCUCAGAGUGUGGAAAGAGAUUCAGUCAGAGGGGCACUCUUCAACACCAUCAAAGAACCCACACAGGGGAGAAACACCAUCAAAGAACCCACACAGGGGAGAAACCUUUUGCAUGUUCAGAGUGUGGAAUGAAAUUCAGUCAAAGAAGUCAUCUUGAACGGCAUCAAAGAACCCACACAGGGGAGAAACUUUUUGAAUGCUCAGAGUGUGGAAAGAGAUUCAGUCGGAGUGGCACUCUUCAAUUGCAUCAAAGAACCCACACAGGGGAGAAACCUUUUGAAUGCUCGGAGUGUGGAAAGAGAUUCAGUCAGAGUGGCAAUCUUCAAGACCAUCAGAGAACCCACACAGGGGAGAGACCUUUUGAAUGCUCAGAGUGUGGGAAAAAAUUCAGUGGCAGUAGCAAUCUUCAAUGGCAUGUAAGAACCCACACAGGGGAGAAACCUUUUGAAUGCUCAGAGUGUGGAAAGAGAUUCAGUCGCAGGGGCAAUCUUCAAAUGCAUGAAAGAACCCACACAGGGGAGAAACCUUUUAAAUGCUCAAAGUGUGGAAAGAGAUUCAGUCAGAGUGGCACUCUUCAACACCAUCAAAGAACCCACACAGGGGAGAAACCUUUUGAAUGCUCAGAGUGUGGAAAGAGAUUCAGUCGCAGGGGCAAUCUUCAAACGCAUGAAAGAACCCACACGGGGAGAAACCUUUUAAAUGCAUCCGUGACCGAAGGCCAAAUUCUCCCUCCUGCGCUGGGGUUUGGGUGGGAGGAGCAGCAUCCUUUUGACAGGCAAGAGAGAGAGAGAGAGAAAACAUGUGCCUGGCCGGGCUGGUUCUCUCGGCAGCCCAACUGCCUGAAGGUGCUGGGGCGCCCGAACCUCGUGCCGCCAUCUCCCCCCUUGCCGGCCUGCCACUGGCAGCACUGUGCCCCUCCGCCGGCUCAGUGGACUCCUAUGUGGCCCCCCCUCACUCUCCCCAAAGGCCAACAGGUAAAGCGGCUCUCUGGCCAUGCUGUCCCCGAUCCUUCCUCCCCCUCCAAGCUCGCCUGUGACCCGUGCAGCGGGGCAACCCCCGGCCGCAACCCCACGCUGCAGCUUGAAUUGGCUGGGCCGCCCAAAGCGCCUGCCGCCAUUUCCCCCCUCGCCGGUUGCGUGCUGGCCGCUCCCCGGCCUGAAUUUGCUGGGGCGCCCGAAGCGUGUGCCGCCGCCUCCCCCCUCACCGGUUGCAAGCUGGCUGCGCCACGGCCUGAAUUUGUUUGUGCGCCUGAAGCGCCUGCCGCCUUCUCCCCCAUCGCUGGCCUGCACGCUGGCCGCGCCACGGCUUGA